AAGACUCGUCCCGUCUGCUAGCACGAGCUGGCCUCGACCGGUACCGCGACUCGGGGUCAGGCCCUUUACCACCUCGCAUCGCACUAUUGUUUGCCCUUGCCGUCUUUAUUGAUUUCUCCCCAUUUGUCAACUUUACGUGUCGAUAAGUUGGCAAACCACCCAGUGGCCGAAGUUCCCGGUCCCGUCCGACCUCUGGACUCACCCCUGAGACUGGCGGUACGGCGGCGGUGGGGCACAUCUACUCCAUACAAAUUUUGGUCUGGAUGCCUUCCGCUGUUGGCUCAAAGAUUUACCGCUUGUAUUCGGCGAGGCGGCGUACAGACUGUAAAUAUACGCGUCAUGGCCCCAAAUAUUCGCUAUUCUCAAAGCCGUAUCGCCUUCGAACGACACAUAUAUGUCCUGACAUGUAUCUGGCCAGUUCCGAUGCACCGAGUGCCGAAGGACGAAACAAGGGCCAUGCCACCUUGCAUCUCAAUAGACUCGGGUCCAUUUUUCCUCCACCGCGGAUGUCGGCUCGGCCCACUCUUCCUAUCCGUGUCAGGGGAAUUAUAGACAGGUCUUCCUCCUUUGUCGUUUCGAGCCAUCUGCCAAACUGCUUGCACAUCGAUGCGUUGACGGCAGGCAGGCCUGCAACGCCGGCUCAAGUAACCAGCCUUACGAAUUAUGUCUCCUGCAUUGCAUUGCUGGUACACGAUGUGGUGAGAGUCAAGGCAAACUGACUGCAACUACCCUGAUAGCUGUCUAGGUGCUGCGCCUGCUUCAACUCCGCUUUUUUCUUUCUUUCUUUUCCUUCUUUUUCUUUUCUGUUUUUUUUUUUUUUUUUUUUU